AUGUCCUGCCCAGAAUUACCCGAUGAAUCCUACUCUAGUGAUUACUCUGAUUUUGCUACAGACGAAGAAGAGCUUCUGACAGAAUUACUCACCCAAGUUUCAAAACGCGCGAUUGAGAGUGGCUCUCUACCUACCACAUUAACUCGCCAGAUAAGCUCACAAGAAAAUACAUCUACGUCAAUUGAACUCACUGAUAUUGAAUCCCCACGACCAUCAGUACUUACAGCCCAUAUCGUUGAUAUUGAGGAUGGCAUUGAGGGUACACCAAGCAGCAGGCUUCCAAAAGUUUUGGGCCGGGAGAAGCCUCGUUCACUAUGGAGGCAGUCGAGUCAACAUUCCUGGCUGGGACAGCCGAAUCCACACAAUACGUUGUCUCGGGACCCAAGUAAUAGCGCAAACUACACAAACUCCUCCGGCUUUGAGCACCCUAGCUCAACCGAAGGUCGAGAACGAGAACGAGAGCGCUGCACCAUACGCGAGGGCGAAUGGACGCAGAAUACGCAAGCGCUACCAACGGAGGAUCCUCGAUCUCCCGUGGAACGUUUCCGGCGCCCCCCAAACAAGGCAUUCUCCGUCACAGACUUGGUAUCCCCUGCAUGGUGUGAACUGCAGUAUUGGUAUACCCUGACAAAACAUGGGAGAAAAAGAAGGACGGCUGCUAUGAAGAAGGGUAGCAGUGUGCACAAGUCACUAGAGGAUGAGAUUUAUACCACGGUUCCUGUGGAUAUCACUACUAAGGAGGAUGCCUGGGCGCUCAGAAUCUGGAAUGUAAUCCAAGGACUGCGUCUGUUGCGUGAAUAUGGAAUCACGCGCGAGCUGGAAGUUUGGGGCGUGAUUGACGGUGAGCUAGUCAAUGGGGUCAUUGAUCAGUUGUCAUACGAAUGUCCUGACUUAGAGCUUGAGGCUACGGCCUCUGGGUUUUAUGCCGAUGCGGCCUCAUCGCGAGAUGCUUUGCCGGAGUACCAGAUGUCCUUGUCGGACUUCCUAUUAUCCGAAUCUCAGGGUGGGAUAAAACUUUCAGACCUGGGCAAGCAAGAAAAACUCGAAGACGUCGAUCCUCAGGAGUCUAUCCAAGAAUCUGCCCCAGACCUAUAUGCGUUACCUCGGAUAUAUAUCACAGAUGACAAAACGAAGGCCAAUCGCUCUCUUCCUACGGUAAAGAGCACGGGAUUCCGUCCUACUCUGCUCCAACUACACCUUUAUUACCAUAUGCUCAAUCGCCUCAUUACGAGCGACGAUGUGACAAUGGAUAUCCUUGCAGCGCGAUAUCACCUUAACCAGCAUCGCCCUUUUACCGACGCCUUCAUCUCCGAAGUAGGCGGGUUGAACGAUGAAUUCUUCGAUGCGUGUUCCUCUCCACAGGCUGAUUGGCAAGAUAUUUCCGAUUCACAAGAUUUAAACACGUCAUCACCUGACCCGAAAAUACCGUCUAGUCCAUUAAAAGCCAGUCAAGAUUCAACCACCAUUCUUGUAGAUAACGGUAACUUAUCCAGCCUAUGGAGCUAUAUGAAAGAUCAGCUCCGCUUGACUUUCAUCCCUUCAAUGUCAGAGUCACGGGAUAUUGCACCAUCUAUUCCAGCACCCACUCAGCCAACAAUGCUUGAAGAAUAUACAACCCUCCUUUCUCCUGUUCUCACAGCACGUUAUCUAUCCUCGGCAGCUUCAGCAGACACUCAAUCUCGGCUUCUUGGGAGCAGGUCCUUCCUUUUUGAUCCAAAUAAUAUGUCGUCCUAUGUCAACGAUCAGAUGGAGUGGUGGCGUGGCCAGCGCGAUCCCCGAGGCGUUAAUAUUGCCGAUGCUUGGAAAUGUCGUAUCUGUGACUUUCAAGAUGAUUGUUCCUGGCGUCAAGAACGAGAGCUCCAAUAUUUGAGACGGAAUAGAGUCUAA